AGUGCCAGCACCAGCGCCAGUCCCGCUUUGCACGCUCUCCGGGCCACUGCUUGCGUUUUGGCUUGCGAGCUCUCACUCUUGUUCUGCCUGUGCGCUGCCUAAGUAUGGAGUUGCUGUGCUGUGAGAAUAUCCGACACUCACCCCGGGCCGGGGAAGACCCGCAGCUGCUGGAGGACCAGCGUGUCCUGCAGACCUUACUCCGCAUGGAGGAGCGCUACUUGCCCUGCGUCUCCUACUUCCAGUGCGUGCAGGACGAGAUCAAGCCGCACAUGCGGAAGAUGCUGGCAUACUGGAUGUUGGAGGUGUGUGAGGAGCAGCGCUGUGAGGAGGAAGUCUUCCUCCUGGCCAUGAACUACGUGGAUCGAUUCCUGUCCUGCGUCCCCACCCGUAAGUCGCAGUUGCAGCUCUUGGGUGCGGUCUGCAUGCUGCUGGCUUCCAAGCUGCGUGACAGCACACCCCUGACCAUCGAAAAACUGUGCAUCUACUCGGACCAUGCUGUCUCUCAACGCCAGAUGCUGGACUGGGAACUGCUGGUCCUGGGGAGGCUCAAGUGGGACCUGGCUGCUGUCAUUGCUCACGACUUCUUGUCUGUGAUUCUUCAUCGGCUCCCUCUGCCCAGCGACCGGGAAGCCUUGGUCAGAAAGCAUGCCCAGACCUUUUUGGCCCUCUGUGCUACGGAUUACACCUUUGCCAUGUACCCACCAUCCAUGAUUGCAACGGGCAGCGUUGGGGCUGCGGUGCAAGGCCUGAGUGCCAGCUCCCUUUCUGCGGACGAGCUCACAGAAAUGCUGGCUGGGAUCACAGGCACUGAAGUGGACUGCCUGCGGGCCUGCCAGGAACAGAUCGAAGGUGCGCUCAGGGAGAGCCUCAAGGAUGCCCAGCCCAACUCCAGCCCAGUGCCCAAAGCCCCCCGGGGCUCCAGCAGCCAGGGGCCCAGCCAGACCAGUACUCCCACAGAUGUUACAGCCAUCAAUCUGUAG